CUCUUGGCUGGCAGUCAGUGCUUGUGCCCACUAUAGGAUCAUGGUCAGGAUGGCAGCAUAGGCAGAGCCAGGCAACGCUUGCCAGUGUGCCAGGGACAGAGGGCAAGCCUAUUGAGAAGCAGUGUGAUGGACACAAUGGGUGCGACAGACUUGCUGCAUCAACAGGCUUUUUGCUGCUGUGGCCAGAAAUAAACCAUAAAUACCCCCACUGGCAUCCACCAACCGCUCGCCAGGCCUCCACAACCACACACAUCCUCACACAGAGACAGGCAGAAACAGAAAGAAAAGACAGAGGAAAGACGGAGAGCGUGGCUUGUUCGGGGUGCAGUGAAGCACAAGCCAUCCAGAAAAAAAUGACAGAACAGCAGGGAACCCCAGACCAGCUGCCUGCAGACAAGGGACAAGGAGGGGCAGGAGCCACAUAUAAGUUGGCUGUAUUUGAAUUUGAAAACUUUCGUGGAAAAAAGGUGGAGUUGUCUGGUGAAUGUAAAGAUGUGUUUGAGAAGACACAAAGAGUUGGCUCAGUUAUUGUGGAGUCGGGACCAUGGGUGGGAUUUGAGCGACCUGGUUUUGCAGGAGAGCAGUUUGUGCUUGAGAAAGGAGAGUAUCCUCGCUGGAGCACCUGGACCAACUGCCAGAGUAGCUACAAUCUGAGCUCCUUCAGGCCUUUGAAAGUGGACAGUGCAGAUCACAAGUUGCACCUGUUUGAGAAUGCAGGCUUUGAAGGUAGAAAGAUGGAGAUCGUUGAUGAUGAUGUCCCCAGUCUGUGGGCUUAUGGUUUUCAGGACCGUGUGGCCAGUGCUAAGGCUAUCAGUGGAACGUGGGUGGGAUACAUGUAUCCAGGCUACAGAGGGCGCCAGUACGUGUUUGAGCAUGGAGACUUCAAACACUGGAAUGAUUGGGGAGCCACUGCACCUCAGAUCCAGUCCGUCCGACGUGUGCGGGACAUGCAGUGGCAUAAGAGAGGGUGCUAUAUUGCCCCUGCACCUGCCCCAGCCCCAGCCCCGGCCCCGGGCCCAGCUCCAGCCCCUGCACCAGCCCCAGCCCCGGCCCCUGCUCCUGCACCUGCCCCUGGCCCUACACCACCCAAUCCCAACCUUAAUCCUAACCCCACUCCUAAAUCCCAAACUCAACCCCAACCUUAACUGCAUACCUCUAACAACUCCCACAGCAGCUGGGAAAAGCUGAAGGCGACUAGUCAGUUCCCAACCUAUCUUCCUCACUCCUUAUUAGUUUAGGCUAUUUGACCAUGCAGUUUUGGAAAACUGGAACUGAAAAUGAUGAAGCAUGUAUCUCUGUUGGAAAUAAAGGUUUUGGCCCUGA